AUGGUCGCGGCGUCGAUUGAGAGUAACUUCAUUCAAAGCAACCUUUCAGAAAUCACUAGCGACUUAAACCAGUACAGGAUAAACACCGAAGAGCGUUUUCAGAAAACGAACAGUCCCAGAAUCUCAAGAAGCGCUUACGGAAAGGGCUGGUCUUCGAAGUCCUUCAACUAUGGACCGUACAACGGUUUACCGCCCUACCUUGUGUAUAACAGAAAACUGGGAUCGUACUACCCAUACUACCCCAAACAGUACAGCACCACAAACUCUAACAUACGAAGGAACGCAAUGAAGAAAAUGUCGAACCAAAGGCAAUGGAGUCAU